CAAUUUACAGAACAGGAAAUUUUUUGCAAAAAAAUAUAGAUAUUGAAUUAUUUAUAAAAAAUAAAAUUGAAUUUUCAUCACAACGGAUUGCAGCACUAUCGAAAAUAUGAAGCCAACACUUGCCGCUGAUGAAAUGUUUCCCGAAGGUGCCGGCUAUAUGGACAUGGAGGAGUCCGGUGGUUCCUCGGCUAUUCUAAUGGAUUUGGCCAGCAAUGAAAAGCAUGUUCAUGCCGAUUUCUACAAUGAUUUUGAUGAUCUCUUCGAUGAUGGCGAUGAUGAUAUUUUAAAUCUCACCACUGAUAAUAAUUCAUAAAUAAAUUACAAAAACCGAAA